AUGAGUGAGACACCAAUUGUGCUUGAUCAAGGUACAGGAUUUGUCAAGAUAGGAAGGGCAGGAACCAACUUCCCAGACCACACAUUUCCCUCCAUUGUUGGUAGACCUAUCUUGCGUUCAGAGGAAAGAAGCGGAUUGGUACCAGAUGGCUUGGAAAUCAAGGAUAUAAUGUGUGGAGCUGAAGCUUCACAGGUGCGUUCGUUAUUACAAAUCUCAUACCCAAUGGAAAAUGGGAUCAUCAAGAACUGGGAAGAUAUGGAACACUUAUGGGACUAUGCCUUCCACGAGAAGAUGCAAAUUGACACUACAGGUAAGAAGGUGUUAUUGACAGAACCACCAAUGAAUCCAUUGAAGAAUAGAGAGACCAUGUGUGAUGUUAUGUUCGAAAAGUACCAGUUCGGAGGUGUUUAUGUAGCAAUUCAGGCAGUGUUGGCGUUGUACGCUCAAGGUUUAAGUUCCGGUGUCGUCGUUGACUCUGGUGAUGGUGUCACGCAUAUUGUCCCAGUUUAUGAGUCUGUGGUAUUGAACCACUUGACCAAAAGGUUGGACGUCGCAGGUAGAGAUGUAACCAGACAUUUGAUCGAUUUAUUGUUUCGUCGUGGGUAUGCUUUCAACAGAACUGCUGAUUUUGAGACUGUUCGCCAAAUCAAGGAAAAGUUAUGUUAUGUCUCGUAUGACUUAGCAUUCGACAAGAAGUUGGCUGAUGAAACGACUACAUUGAUCGAACAGUACGAAUUACCUGAUGGUAGAGUGAUCAAGGUUGGUUCUGAAAGAUUUGAAGCGCCAGAAUGUCUUUUCCAGCCGCAUUUGAUUGGUGGUGAACAGCCAGGUGUAGGAGAAAUGCUUUUCAAAACAAUCCAAUCCGCCGAUCUCGAUGUCAGAUCUUCUCUUUACAAAGCUAUUGUACUUUCUGGUGGUUCUUCUAUGUACCCAGGCUUACCUUCAAGAUUAGAAAAGGAAUUGAAGCAGUUAUGGUUGACCGAAGUUUUACGUGGUGAUGCUACAAGAUUGGAGCACUUCAAAGUUAGAAUUGAAGACCCUCCAAGAAGAAGACACAUGGUUUUCAUUGGUGGUGCUGUUUUAGCAAACAUUAUGGCUGACAAGGACCACAUGUGGAUAUCGAAACAGGAAUGGGAAGAACAAGGUCCUCGUGUAUUGGAGAAGUUAGGACCUCGUUAA